AUGGAAGGAAGCGAUCAAGCUCCACAUGAUAUUGAAAACCCUUGCAUUCCAUUAGUAACUUCAAUGAGUGAGGAGUUGGAUGGCUUGUCUCCCCUCUCCUCUUUGUGUUGCAUUUAUAGAGUUCCUGAACGACUACGGCGUGUGAGUGAAAAGGCCUACACACCUCAGGUAGUCUCUAUAGGCCCACUUCAUCAUGGCAAGCAAGGCCUAAAAGCCAUGGAAGAUCACAAAAAGAGGUACUUACAAGAUUAUAUACGUCGGACCAGGUGUGCUCUGUCAUCUCUGCUCUGCCUUCUAAGCGUUGAGAGUCUCUUCUUAGCCGUUUUCUCCUUGUCAUUUCCUAUUGGUCCUCCACAUGACACGAGCUGGGUUUGUCACCAGCCUAGAGGUGUAAGAGAGCUGGAGAAAGAAAAAGGCAAAGUUCCCCACUGCCUUGAGAACCAUAGACUGGUCAACAAGUCAGCUUUCUCUGGAAUGGAUAACUUGCGCCCCAAGUCACUGAUUUCCUAA